AUGGACCUGGCUACUGUGAACGCCACGGACCUGGACACCGUGAGGGCUUCAAACUUCCAUCUGGACCGCAAGACACGCUUCAUCAUCCACGGCUUCAUAGACAAGGGGGAGGAGAGAUGGCUGACGGACAUGUGCCAGAAAAUGUUUAAGGUGGAGAAGGUGAACUGCAUCUGCGUGGACUGGAAGCGUGGGGCCAGGACAGAGUACAACCAAGCCGUCCACAACAUUCGAGUCGUGGGAGCCGAGACAGCGUUCUUAAUACAAGGGUUGUCGACCAAGAUGGGCUACAGUUUGGAGAACGUGCACCUCAUUGGCCACAGCCUGGGCGCGCAUGCAGCUGGCGAGGCGGGCAGGAGGCUGGGGGGCUCUGUGGGCAGGAUCACAG